AUGACCGCUACGACGCGGAAAGCGGUCAUGACGCCCCGGGCCAUGGAGUCGUCUCGAGAAGGUUCUCUGUCCACUACGGCCACUGCAUUUGGAGAUGCCGGUCCGGUCCCAAAGAUCAAGGAGGAGAUGGCGAACAAUGGCGGCUUGUCCCCCAUAACGCCGCCCCCAAACUAUCGCAAGAGUCCGAUGCAGCCGGGGCGAGAGAUGAUUAGCAACAACUACUACUAUUCGGACGGACCAGCACCGACGCCGUGGUAUCGCCGUCCCUGGUUCUUCUGGGCCAGCCUGGCCACGUUGCUGGCCGUCUUGGCCAUCUGCGCCGUCGUCCUCGGCGUCGUGCUACGCCGGGAUCAAGUCGCACGUUUCGACAAGGCAGCAGAAACAGACGCUGGCAAGUCGGGGCUGGCCACGGCAGCGGUGACGACGUCGCCAAAGGCGUCCACGUCCACACACACGUCCACGACGCCAGCAGCUUCCUCGUCUUUGAGCCACAGCUCCUCGUCUUCAAGUCACAGCUCCUCGUCUUCAAGUCACAGCUCCUCGUCUUCAAGUCACAGCUCCUCGUCUUUGAGCCACAGCUUCUCGUCUUCAAGUCACAGCUCCUCGUCUUCGAGCCACAGCUCCUCGUCUGCGGAGACAGGAGGGCCGAUGCCGCCGGUCAACGAAACGGCCAAGAUUGAAACUCUGCGCUCGAUUCUUGCACCGUUGACGAGCCACAACAACAAAGGUGGCCCAACCGCAUCCGCCGCGCCGUCCUCGCCCUCGGCGUCGACAUGGACAGCGUCCACCUCGGCAGCUCGAACGCGCUCUCUCGCGAGCACGCAGGCGGUCGAGCCAACCUUUGUUCCGUUUACGCCAUCGGAGACGUCCUGCCUCGCAUCCGUCUACGUUGCGCACGGAAACGUCGAGCUUCGUCGCCGGCUCGUCGUCUGGCAGGAUGAAAAGAGCGAGCUCGUCGUCACCGAGUGGGUGGCCGGCACCGAGAAGACGCACAGCCGGCUUCGCGACAAGCUCGGCUCGUCACUCGUCGACGCCAAGCACGGGACGUCUCUCGCGGCCGUCGCCGGCGAAUCGGGCGUCGUCCAUCUCUUCUUCCUCGACACGAAGGGGGCCGUCGUCCACCUCGUCAAGGCCGCCGCCGGCAGGUGGAGGAUGGGCGACCUCGUCACGGCCCACGGGCCGGUCAUCCCCGACGAGUUCUCGCCCCUCUCCGCGGCCUGGCACUCGCCCGGGGGGCGGCGAGGGGAGCGGCUGCUCGUGCUCGCGUACGAGACGGCGCAGCAGACGAUGCGGCUCGUCGCGACGGACAGGCCCGAGGGCGAGGGCCUCUGGGAGGCGUUUGACGUCACCUCGAUGCCGACGGCCGUGCCUGGCCAGACGGACCUGGCCCGCUUCUCCCUCGCCGGGGACUGGCCGUCGACGCCGGCGUCGGUCGGUGCGGAGGAGGGAAGCGAACGGCGACUGCUCAUGGCGAUAUGGGGCGAGGCUGGCGUCGUGGCCUGGGCGUGCUCCGUGAACAACUGGCCACCCCCCGGGGCGGACUUGCGGUGCCGCGAGACGGAGACGCUGCAGGACGAGACGGGAAGGGGGCUCGGAUUCGGCCCGGCCCCGAGACAGCUCGGGUGGGUUCGGCUCGACGGCGGAUCCGGCCGGCAGGAGGAGGCAAGGUACGACACGAGCCUCGUCCAUCUCGACGCCGACGGCAGCAUCAAGGAAAGCCAUGUGGCGGCGGGGGCGGCUCGGCAAGACGGGGCCGGCAUCAAGACCGAGGUUGCCUUUCGCGCGCUGUCGACCACGGACGAGGGCGUCGUGUUUGCCGCCUCGAAGGAGGAGCUGCUCAUCUAUCGGCUCGACAGGGGAAGGUUAUCCCAUGGGUAUGUUGUUGCGUACAUGACGGAGCAAGUCGCAGCCGGUCGGGUGAAUGGUUGCAAGGAAACAGAGGGUGACGCAUGGGGGGAAACAAAGGAGGAAAUGGAGGAUCCGGAGAGCCGAAGGGGGUUGGUUGGCUUCGAAGAACGGGUCGAGUGGUUGCGGGGUGUGAUUCAAACAAUCCAUACCAGCGGGAUCAGCAUGUGA